AUGGGUCUCUCCGGUCACUGCCUCUGCGGCGCCGUCAAGUACACUGUCGACGCCGACCCCCUCAUCGUUGGCUACGACCACUGCGAUGACUGCCAGCGCCAGAGCGGCUCCACAUACUCUCUCGUCGUUGUUGUCCCCAAGGACAAGCUCGAGGUCAAUGGCCCCACCAAGAGCUGGGCGGGCAAGGGCUCCUCCGGCAAGGCGGUCCACCGCAUCUUCUGCAGCGAGUGCGGCUCGCCCAUUGCCCAUGACCCCGAUGCCGCCCCCGAGAUCAUCGCACUCAAGGGUGGUACUCUCAGCCACGAGGACAAGCUCAAGCUCAAGCCCGACACCGAGAUCUGGACCGUCGGCAAGCUGCCAUUCUGCCAGGAGAAGCUCGCCAAGCCUUUUACCCACAUGCCCGAGUAG